AUGCUCGUGAAGGCAGCCUGGCUCCUCCUCGUCGCUGCCGCGAGCGCAGAUGUUUACAUGCACACCCUGCGCGGCUCCAACAACCGGCUCGACGAGGGCGACGGCAACGCCAACAACCAGAAUCGCCUCUUCGACUCACAGAAUAAUGCGGCGGCGAGUUCGGCUCUCGCUCGCUCCAAGCCUGUUCUCAAGUGGACGACCCAGCACUCGUGCGGAUCCGAGAACGCCGAGUGCCAGAUCGUCAUUCAGUGGAUGUUCAACGACGACGACUCCACGCCUGCUGGGCUGCCUCCCGCGCCCGACGGAGUCGGAGAGGGGCCGCUUCGCGACGGAACCGACGGCAAUACGCAGAACGUCAACGCGCCGCUCCUGAUCCGAGGCCUACAUGAGCCGCUCUCCUACUAUCGCAUGUGCGAGGAUCGGAAGCGGAACGGUGGCUUGUACGCCGCAGACCAGGACAUCGACAACGACAACACCGAAGCAGACGAGACUCGGCAAAACCCAGACGGCACGAGGUACGGGUACGAGUGCCCCGAGGAGCGUGACUACUAUCCGUACUGGCACCCCUCCCCAUGGCGCGACAUUGCGGUCCUGACCAACAACCUCGAGAUGCAGCCCUUCUACGAAGCCAACUCGCAGAACGUCGCCGAGAAGAACUACUGCGCGGGUGAGUCGAGCAACCCGGAGCGCUGGAGCAACGGCAUUCGCGAGGCCAACUCGGCGAGGCGCUGCGGCGAGGCUGGCGGAGAUUGGGUGGCAGCAGAGCCCUUUGGCACCGAUACCGUCCAGGUCCUUCCCAUCCUCGCGUUCCAGCGGGACAACCACCUGGGCAACCUCGACACGGGCUACGAAGCAAACUACACGUGGACCGUCCCGUGCGGCAUGGGCCCCGGCGGCUCGGACACGAUCGAGAACGCCGUGGUGCGCAUUCGGUACAACAUCACCACGGCCGACACUCGUGUCUGCGCGGCGCCGCAGUACAAGACGCGGCAGGAGUGCAACGAGGCGGGCUACAUUUGGUCGGCCUUCCACCUGACGGCGGACUAUAACGACGACGAUCUCGACAGCGACCCGCCGCUGCCGGAGCAGGACCCUUACGUCUCGAUGAAUGGGUUUCUGCGCGGCACCGGCGGCGUCGACUCGCUGCUGCAGCUCGCAAUGAACACAAAUCAAUUUGGCCGUACGUUCCAGGACCGCUCCCACCGCUUCUCGAUCCAACCACGCCCUGCGGGAGUGCCAGCUGAGGCGCGGAUCCACAACCUCGGCGUCAAGGGCAAGCGCGGCAACAUCAUGGACGCGGCGGACUUCAUCCACGUGCACUGGACCGGGAACGACAAGACGAACGGCGCGGGCGAGGGCAAGGAGGGCACGGAUAGGCACAACCUCGUCGAGAUCGACACGCUCGGACACAACGUGCCCGUCGACCCUCGCUCGCCCGACUCGAUGUUCAAUGUCAACGCGGAGAUCAACCUGGAGCCGUCCUCCUCGCCCUUUGGCGGUGCACGCAGCCAGGCAGAGCUCGCGCACCAGUUUGCGCUGUCCAAGCAGCAGGCGUCCUACCGCAACCGCACGAACUGCGCCGUCUCGCUCAACGAGAACCUCAACGACCAGGCAAAGGACAAUUGCGCCAAGCUCAACCGCGCGGAGGCCACGGUCGACCUCGGCCUCAUCCAGCCAAAGCCAAACGAGGACGGUAGCCGCAAGUGCUACAAGUUCAUGAGCAGCCGCAACAACAACUUCAGCAACCGGCGGCAGGUUGCCACCCUCUGCGUCACGGACGGGGAGAAGUUCCCGCCACAGCCCCUUCCUCCGGGCGAUGUCGCGGUGCAAAAGGCCGCGCGCAGGCGGCUGCAGGAUGCCGGCGACGGCGGCGGUGCCGAGGUGAUUGUGUCGUGGAUGUCGGCGCACCAGGCGCUGGCCACGGGCACUGACCUCAAGCCCUACCUCGUCAACAAGGGCGCGGCUGCCCACGCGGGCGGCUACCACAACCCAGUCGCGAGCAACUUCUCUGUCGAAUACUCGGUUGACGGCUCCAGCUGGGCCGAGGCCCCCACGGCCUGCUCGCUGUCGCCCUGCACCGUCUCGGGCAUCCCAGACGCGGGCAUGGUGGCCUUCCGGGUUCGCGCCUACAGCGACGCUGGCGUCGGAUCGGACCCGUCCCCCGUCGUGGCGGCUGAGCCCCCGAGCGCGGUGCAGCCGCCACUCGAUGCUCCCCCCGGCCCGCCGGCAGCGCCUGGCACCAACACGAGCAGCGACGGCUAUGGAGGCGGCACGAGCCUGACGGCCCUGUCGGCGUGCGGGCCCGGAGAGGAGCUGUCCACGGAGGCCAUAAUGAUUGCGAUCGGAGGCGGCGUCGCCCUCGCCGUGCUGCUCAUCGCCGCCGCGGUGGCCGCCUACUACUGCUGCCGCCGCAGGCCCGCCACGGCAAAGACGGCACCAAAGACGACCCUUGAGCAGACCUACAACGUGGGCAAGCAGUACUCGGGCGACAUCUAG